CUAUUGCAGAUCACAAGCCUCUGGUAAAGUAAUAAGUGGAGAGGAACAUUUUUCAAGCAAAAAGUGCCUGGCUUGGUUUUACGAAUAUGCAGGUCCCGAUGAAGUUGUGGGGCCUGAAGGAAUGGAAAAGUUCUGUGAAGACAUUGGUGUUGAGCCUGAAAAUAUUAUUAUGUUAGUUUUAGCCUGGAAACUAGAGGCUGAAAGCAUGGGAUUUUUUACCAAGGAAGAAUGGUUAAAAGGAAUGACCUCAUUACAGUGCGACUGUACAGAAAAAUUACAGAGUAAAUUUGACUUCUUGCGGUCACAAUUGAAUGACAUUUCAUCCUUUAAGAAUAUCUACAGAUAUGCCUUUGAUUUUGCAAGGGAUAAAGACCAGCGAAGUCUUGAUAUCGAUACUGCAAAAUCCAUGUUAGCUCUUCUGCUUGGAAGAACUUGGCCACUGUUUUCAGUAUUUUAUCAAUACCUGGAGCAAUCGAAGUAUAGAGUUAUGAACAAGGAUCAGUGGUACAAUGUGCUAGAGUUCAGCAGAACUGUCCAUGCAGAUCUUAGCAACUAUGAUGAAGAUGGUGCAUGGCCUGUACUUCUGGAUGAAUUUGUUGAAUGGCAAAAAGUUCGUCAAGCAUCAUAGCAAGAAUUGAAAAGAAAAUGCAAAAGUUUUUUUGGUGCCCGCCUGUACACAAACUAAUGAGGAAAAAAAUGGAUUGCAUUUUCAUUCUUAUGAAAGACUUUACAGUAAUUUUUUUCCUUUUUUAAGGAAAUUUUCUUGUUACAUGUGAUAUGGGCAUUGAACCACACCUCUUCUGAGACUGAAAGUUGGAGUUCUUGUUUUGAGUCUUAUGUUUAUAGCGUUUAUUUCAGAACAAUAAAGAUUCAGAUUUGUGACAAAGGC